ACAUGAUCGGCUUAUAUCUGAAGUGUAAACUACGCUUAAUAUUUUAAAGUGAAUUCAUAAUUAUUUUUUUUAUAUAAUGUUUUAAUAUAAUCUAAAAUAUAAUAAUAAAAUUGUAAUUUUUUUGAAAUAUUUAAUAUAUAAAUGUGAAAUAGAUUGUAAUAUUAUUGAAAUAUCAAUAGGAAUCUUAUAUUACUGAUGUUAUGUAAUGUCAUGUUUGAAUCAUUAAGUAUUUAUAAAUAUUCCGUUUUUAUAAACAUGAUAUCUCAUUAAAACAAAUUUUAAAUGGUGAAAAAAUAUUAAUCAUUUAAUUCUGAGUUUUAAUUAUAAGAAAAAAAAUAAUUGUUAAUUAUUUAACUGAAUUAUUUAAUCAAAAAAAUAAAACUAAGAUGCCUGAACCUAACAAUACUACAAAUGAAAUUCAAGAAGAAAUUGAAUAUUCUUGGCUGAUUAAGCCAUGUGAAAUUUACAAAGCGGAAUAUAAUGAUUGUACAAGUAUUAGAGCUCGUUUUCAUCAAUAUUUCAUAUUUGGAGAAACAAUAGAUUGUAAACAAUGGAAAAUUGAUUAUAAUAAUUGUGAUUUAUGGGAACGCGAGAAGGAUAAAAAAGCAUAUAUUGAACUAAUAGAAAGUGAGAAAAAACGUAGAUUUCAAAGAUUACAAGCUCAUUAUAGUAAUGAUGUUUGGCAAAAACGAGAUAAACCUCCAGAAAAUUGGAAUGCACCAUUACCUAAAUGGUUGGACGAAAAAAGUCAGAAUUCAUAUUUAAAAAUUGUAAGUAGCAGAGAAAAAAAUAAAAAAAGUGAAGAAAAUAUAAAAAAUUCUUGUAUCAUAAUGUAAAAAUAAUUUAAUUUCUUUAAUAUUAUAUAUCUUUAAAUAUUAUAUAAUAUUAAGAAUUUAGCUAAUGCAAUAUUGUAAAAAUAAACAUUUUUCUAAAAUCUUAAAUUUUUUCAAGA